AAGAAGAAGAAGAAAGCAAAUUGAAUGGCGGCAAGAGCCAACAACAAAUACACCUCUAUCAACUUCAACCACAUCCUUCACAAAGACCCUCCUUCUUCUUCUUCUUCAUCAUCUUCCGCUUCUUAUUCCUCCGUCGCUCGUUCCAAUGGCCGUAUGCUCGUCCUCACCAAAUCUUCCCCCAAACCUCUGAGAUCUCCCUCCACUGCUACCACCACCACAGCCACUACGACCACGCCUCCGAUCUCUCCAGCUCCGAGGAUUUCAAAUCAAGCCAUCUCUGAUCCAGAUCCGAAUCAGAUCUCUCUUCGUCCCUUAGGUCAUACAGGACCUGGUUCCUCUCUUUCGUUCCCAAUUCGGACUCCUGAAUUCGACAAGGUCCCGGAGGUUCCUGCUCCUGCUCCGAGUUCAUUCUCCCCGAAACCUGAUCGGAACAGCCACGGCAGAGAUAUUUCGGGUAUGGACAGACCGGACGCCCCAAAUCGGGCGGCUAUGAGAGGAUCCGGACGGAUCCGAGAACAACCGGAAACCGACCCGGCACCUCCGGAUGAUGAGCUUGCUGGGUUGAUGUCCAGUUUACUCACUCGAUGAUGGAGAUGGAACCUUACUUACCUCUCAACGUUAAAAACAGUGACUUGUUACUUCUCACUUCUUUUGAUCAAAGACCACCCCCUAAGAUUCAGUAGAUUUGUACAAGAUGUUAUUGUUUUGGGAUCAGGGUGACACAAAUAACACUUGUUAUCUUACUUGUCUCACUUUUGUUUCAAAACUUUGUUUAUGUACGUAUAAUUCUAUUAGCACUUGUUGUUUAGGUAUAUUAAUCUAUAGAUUCUAUACCAGAUAAUCUCUUUUGGGGUUUGUUUAUAAGAAAAAACAAUUUGUUUC